UAAUCAUGUAUGAUGCGGCAAGGGUGCCAUCUCCUAAAGAUGGUGCAAACGGGAUGGCCCAGCCCAUGGUCCCUGGGGCAGGAGCAGGAACGGCUGCAGGAUCAGGAGGGCCGACGCCGACUGCAGCCCUGCAAGCUAAAGCUGAGGAGGGACAGCCAGGUACUGAAGAGGAGGGCGAGGAGCUCAAAGCAGAGCCUGUCCUGGUGAAAAAGCCCCACAGAGAGAUUCUGGAUCAUGAAAGGAAGAGGAGGGUAGAGCUCAAAUGCAUGGAGCUCCAGGAGAUGAUGGAGGAACAGGGGUACACGGAAGAAGAGAUUCGACAGAAAGUGAGCACGUUCAGGCAAAUGCUGAUGGACAAAGAGGGCGUCAUCACCAGAGAGGGUUCACACACACAGCCAGUGGUCAACCACCUGCACUAUCAGCCUGAUGAGUAUGGAGAGGACCCUGAACUGGUUGGCUAUGAAGAUGGAGACUAUGACCAUGAUUACCACAGUGACCACAGAGUGAAGAGGAAAUCAAGCAGCUCUCCAUCCCCUCGUCCAAAGAAAAGGAAGAAGAAGAAAUCUGGCCGCCGAAGGAGUCGGUUUGGCAGCUCCUCACCCACUCAUAGAGAGAAGAAGAAAAAGAGUGGGAAGAAACACAAGCGAGACAGAUCUGCGUCUGGCUCCAGGAAAAAGAGGAGAUACAGAUCGGGCAGCCCAAAGAACAAACACAAAGACAAGAACAAACAGAAAAAGAGGUCCCCCGGUGAGACCCCCAGCAGGAGUUCACAGCGUCAAGGCAGCUGCUGUAGCUCCCGUAGCGCCUCCCUGUCCUCCACUCGGAGCACCUCCAAAUCUCCUGCCAGACUGAACUCCAAGCACAAGAUGGACGGACAAAAAGCAUCCGGCACCCCGCUGUCCCCGGGCCCCAACACCCCCUCAGCGUGGCACAACGGGGACCACACCCAGCGAAGCCGCAACGGCAAGGCCGGCAGACUCAUCCACGCCGAGGGCGAGAAAGGGCACGAUAAGCUCCAUCUGCUGACUGCUAGCUCUGCAAGCCUCCAGUCCACUCUGCUGAGAGAGCACAAGCUCCACAGCGCCCCCAGCAGGAGCCAAACGGGACAGAUGUGCGCAGCAGGAGAGGCUGGGAGUGUGGACGGCAGGAACGCGGCUGUAGGGAGCUCCGUAGGCCAGACGUCAGGGAGGAGAGGGAGCCAGAGAGGCCAGAAUAAGAGCUCCCACUCCCCUGCGCACAGCAGCGACUCGGCCCACUCCCAGCACAACCACACUCACAGAGGGAGGAACUCUCGCCACCAGAGAAAGACAAAGGGCGGCCACUCUUCCAAGCGCCACCACUGCUCUAGUCGGGGUCAGGCACACCACCGGAGCCCGUCGGCAUCUCCGGGACGCCACUCACACACGUCGGGCAGGAAGAAAGAGGAGUCCCGGGGCAAACCCAACCUCCGACAGCGCAGCAGCUCCUGGAGCAGCGGGCGUUCAUCCUCACGCUCCGCCUCCAGAGACAGAGGCCCCAGCAAGGCCAAGUCCCCACACAACAGACAGAACAACUCCAGAGAGAGGGAGAGCCCGAACCGCUCUGACACCGACAGCCGAGCCCGCCGCCGCUCACGCAGCUACUCACCCAUCCGCAAAAGAAGAAGAGAUUCGCCCAGCUUCAUGGAGGCUCGCAGGAUCACCAGUGCUCGCAAGCGGCCCAUCCCGUACUACAGGCCCAGCCCUUCGUCGUCAAGCUACGACAGCAGCCCGUCGCGCUCCAGCCGCAGCCGCAGCUACAGCAGCUACAGCCGCAGCAGGAGCCACAGCCGAAGCCACAACCGGAGCCACAGCAGGAGCCGGAGCUGGAGUCGGAGCCGCAGCCCGAGCCGGAGCUGGAGCCGCAGCAGGAGUCGCUCCCGCAGCCACCACAGUUACUACAGCCGCAGCAGCUACGACAGCCCCGGCUUCUGAGCAACACACAGCACAGAAAGGAGACGCAAACCAACACAGGAGGAGUCCUGAUAAAUUUACUGUGCUCCAACACACUCAUCAUGUUUCUUUAACGAGCCCUUCACUGCUGUACAGUCCAGGGCCUUCGACCCUAGACCAUUAUCCCUCUCUAACACAGAGCCUGGAUCAAAGAGGAGAAAUGUAUUUUGAUAGAGCACAUUACUAUGAAAUUGGCUUGUCACUGUUCAUGUCUUCACACAUACAAGGUAUUAAAGGAAAUGGGCUACCACAUGUCAAGAAUUAAUUUGGUAGAGCUCAAAGAACAAAUCUUGCUGUACUAUGUUAGCACUUUCUUUCUCUUCUUCCACAAAGCAACCAAAAAUGAAUUCAUUAAGAACUGUAUACUAUAAAUCUAUAUAUAUCCUAACAAUAGGAGCUGAGUAGAAGACAAAAAGCGGACACAUCAAUGGCUUUCUGUACAUUUCAGAGAAUCAGACUUUUUUUUCCCCUCAUCAUGUAUUCAUCUCCCCAAAGACUUCCAUUUCAUCGAAGCACAGAGAUCAACUGAAGUGAGAACAAAAGAGACGUCGGCAGAUGGACCAGGAAGCAAAACAAAAGGAACUUUUUUUAUGCUAAAAAAUUAUAUUGUAUAGGUUUGUCUGUAUAGCUGUAAACUCUCUUAAGUUCUGGCUUUGUAAACUAUGCACUGUAUAUUCCAUCUAGUUUGAAGAGGCUUGUUUAGCAUGAUGCAUCAGGAGAGACUUGCUGCUCGAAGGAGAGGACCUGGCUGGAAUGGAAGGUGCCAGGCUGCAUCUCUUCUCCCCUCUGACACUUACAGUUUGUCAGCCACCUGCAUACAGAGGUGAAUGGAUUGAGGUGGGGGGUGUAUAAUGUUAUUUUUCUCUCUUCCCUGUUUAAAUUUUUAUGUUGAUUCUGCUAAUCCUGACUUAAUGUGUGAGCGUGUGUGUGUGUGUGUGUGUGUGUGCCUCCUCUGCAAGGACCAGUGAGGUAUUUAUUUAUGUGUGCAGCACUGCAGCCUGCACGUCAGGCUGCUGGAUGCUACUGUACAGGAAAACUGUCUGCAAAAAGCCUCCAUGCACACUUUUGUGUUGACAACAGCUGUUUAUAAUUCCACUGUAUUUAUUAGUCUAUUUAUUGGGUUAUUUAUGAUUUUAUUUAUUUUUCAUUUUGCCAUGAGCUGUAAAGCAGUCAUGCUUUGAAGAUGAGAUUGCUGCAAAAGUAUUCCCAUUUGAAAACUGUAUAUGUCCAUGUUUUACACAGAAUGGUUUUCUUAUUGCGGCGAAGGCUUGCUAAGAUUCAUUGCUGUGUGUUUAAGAUGCUCUGAUUUUAGCCAGUGGAAGUGAGUCUUCGCCCACAGUUACUCCCACAGCUGCCAUUAUGGCACCCCCAGCCUAUUGUGACGUUCGUUUCCAUGCAAGCCACUGCGGCUCUGCCUGCAGUGAGGAGCGAGGGAUCAGCCUCAAACAGAACCAAAACAUCUCCCUGUGUUUAGAGGAGAGUCCAUUAUUCUGCUCCUCUGUAUGUUUCCAGCCACCACAUACUCGAAUCCCUUGUAUAACGGGCCGCACCAUGUUUCUGUUCCGUACGGUGAACGAACUGGCGAUACAAUCAGGGAUCACCCUAAGUCUUCCUUACCAUUCGUCCAGUCUCAUGUCACUCGCACAGUGUUGCAUUCCUAGUGUAACCAGACUUAACCCAACUAUGAUACUCUGCAAACCUGUUCAUUUAUUCCAAGUAUAGCAUUGCCCCUUUGGUUCUACAAGUCAUUCUUUGUAGUGUACAAGUUAUUAUACCUGACAAUAAACAGAAACAAAUGGGGAAAUGA